AUGCCAAGCGCCCCCAUCAACGCUAAACCCACUCGACCCACCCUGGAUACCUCCAACGCCCACUACUACUCCAAGAAACGCUCAGCAUCCCCUUCUUCUAGCUAUCCCGCCGAAUCCUCUCGGUCAAAGCACACAAUGCAGGCUAGCAGCAGCUCUACCCCCGCGGUACCCAGGCGUAAUGACGAGGCGGAGUAUUUUGAGGAGGAGCACAGGGAGGAGAUCACGGGGUACAUGGUUGCCAUGGACAACGCCACUCUUGCCUCGGCAGAACUCAUGGACAUGCAACCAGAACUUCAAUGGUUCAUGCGCCCCUACCUCAUCGACUUUCUCAUCGAGGUCCAUCAGCAAUUCCGGCUUCGUCCAGAGGUGCUCUAUCUCGCCAUGAACAUCGUCGACCGAUACGUGUCCAAGCGGGUCGUCUACAAGAAGCACUACCAGCUCGUCGGGUGCGCGUCGCUUUGGAUCGCGGCCAAGUUCGAGGACGGAAAGGACAAGGUCCCUCUCGUCCGGGAGCUCGCCGACAUGUGCUGCAAGGCGUAUGACGAGUCGGCCUUCAUCCAGAUGGAGGGUCAUGUCUUGUCCACCAUCGGCUGGGUCACCGGUCACCCCUCGGCGGAAGCAUGGUUGCGGACAUACACCAUGGGCGAGCGGGCGGAGGAUGUCAAGGUUCAGCACGUCGCACGGUUCCUCAUGGAGAUCACCCUCUUCCACCGCGAGUUUGUCGGGAUCCAAAGCUCGUUCAUUGCGAACGGCGCGUUGAUGCUGGCGAGGUUCAUCUGCAACAAGCCUAGGCGCGCUGCUACCAAGUACGACAACAUUGCUGUUCGCAUCGCCUUUGCCAUUGACAAGCACUUUUCCGAAAAGCUCGAGGGCGUUUCCGAGAUCGUCAUUCGCAAAUACGCGCCCAGCUACUACAUGCGCGCUUCCACCCUUGUCCGCGAGUGGUACCUCUCGGGUCGUCGGUUCAUCUACCAGCCCGACUCCCCCGUCACCCCCGUCUCCGCCACCCUCGUCACUCCCGGUCUCCAACCCUCGGGCUCAUGGCCAGGCAAGCGGGGAUCCUGGAUGUCCACCUCCCCCUCUGGCGGCUCCAUCUCGUGCGCUUCUUCGGAAGCGGGCGACGAUGCUCCCCUUACCCCCAUCACACCCAUGUCGCAGCACGACUCCGGCUACCCCUUUACCGUCGCUUCGGCCGGCUCGGUCUCGAAAGAGAACAUGCCUCCGCAAAUGUACGGCGGUCGCACCAUGCGGCGGCUCAGCAACUAG